AGCACUCGACCAAACACAGUCGAGGCGCGAGACAACAAAGCGUUCAAAAGUCUUUUCAAACACUCGUUUUAAUGGCCAGUUAUGGACAAAUGUUAUCAUUAAUUAUGACUUAACUCAGCGUUAUAAAGAGCUCUGCGUAUUGCUGCUGUCAUGACGCAGUCAGUUGUCGUCCAAGUUGGUCAGUGUGGCAACCAGGUUGGCUGCAGGUUUUGGGAUCUUGCUUUGCGAGAACAUGCACAUGUCAAUAAAAAAGGAUUGUAUGAUGAGGCCCUCAGUAGCUUUUUCCGAAAUGUGGACUCAAGGAAAAGUGAUGGGGGUGCCUGCGUUGUUGGUGGGAGAAUCCAACAUCUGAAGGCCAGGGCGGUGCUGGUGGACAUGGAGGAGGGAGUGGUCAAUGAGAUCCUGCAGGGGCCACUGAGAGAAGUGUUUGACAGCACUCAGCUUCUCACAGACGUGUCAGGUUCAGGCAACAACUGGGCAGUUGGACACAUGACGUAUGGCUCAGCCUACAGGGAGCAGAUAGUGGAUAAGCUGAGGAAGGCAGCAGAACACUGUGACUGUCUGCAGUGCUUUUUUCUCAUUCACUCCAUGGGAGGAGGUACGGGCUCUGGGCUGGGGACCAGAGUGCUGAGCCUGCUGGAGGAGGAGUUUCCUGAGGUGUGUCGAAUUGUCACCUCCAUCUAUCCGUCCGCGGAGGAUGAUGUCAUCACCUCUCCCUACAACAGUGUCCUGGCCAUGAGGGAGCUCACCGAGCACGCUGACUGUGUCCUGCCUGUUGAAAACCAGUCACUGGUCGACAUUGUGAAUAAGAUUAAACAGAUGUCUCACGGUGGAAAGCCAGGGUCUGUGAUCAAGAGAGACAGCGCCAUCAUCUCUGGGCAGGGCGGCCUCAGUGGGGCAGAGAAGCCCUUUGAUGCCAUGAAUAAUAUUGUGGCUAACCUGUUGCUCAAUAUUACCAGCUCAGCUCGUUUUGAGGGAUCUCUCAACAUGGAUCUGAAUGAGGUUGCCAUGAACCUGGUCCCCUUCCCUCGUUUACACUACCUGGUGCCCAGCCUCACUCCUCUCUACACACUGGCAGACGUCAGUAUCCCCACCAGAAGACUGGAUCAGAUGUUCAGUGACGCCUUCAGUAAAGACCACCAGUUAAUCCGAGCCGACCCGAAGCACAGCCUCUACCUGGCCUGCGCCCUCAUGGUCAGGGGCAACGUGCAGGUGUCUGACCUCCGCAGGAACAUCGAGAGACUGAAGCCUUCGCUGCCCUUUGUCUCAUGGAACCAGGAAGGCUGGAAGACUGGCCUGUGUUCAGUGCCUCCUGUGGGUCACUCCCACUCCCUGUUAGCCCUGGCCAACAACACGUGUGUGAAGCCCACGUUCAUGGAGCUGAGAGAGCGCUUUACCAAGCUCUACAGGAAGAAGGCUCACUUACACCACUACCUGCAUGUAGAAGGGAUGGAGCAGAGCUUCUUCUCAGAGGCCAUCAGCUCCCUCAGCUCACUGAUUGAAGAGUACCACCAACUAGACGCCACCAAGGGGAGACUCAUGCCUGACGCACCCAGACUCUGCAUCGCCAGAUGAAGGUCCGCUCUG